CCAUACCAGACAGAUCAGUCAUGCGAUCUAGCAAUCGAUGCGCAGGCGCCGCUGCCUCGAGCGGGAAACGACCGCAGAGCCACCGCCUUGAGGCAGCUUUGCCCAACUUCUCCUGACUCGAGCCCGACAACCUAUUGUCACUUGCGUUAAGCAGCGGCGCUUGAAACUUGCAGUAUCACGGCCAUCCCCUCCUCUGUACAGCAGCUUACGUGCAGAACUUACCGGGCGAGAUCACUGUAGUCGACACUAUCAGAGAUGAGUGCGCACGAUUGGGUUGCGGUUCCCAAAUGGGCCCCGGGCAAUUCUUUUGGACCAGUCCUCACGCAGACGGACCUCUAUCUCCUCGAGAAUGUCUCCCUUGAGCUACACCCAAUCCUAGCAGGAGAGCAGGGCAGCUUCCAGCUCUCGUUCAACCUGUCCACAGGUCAGACGGGCGGUUUCAACUUCGAAUCCCGAGACCGCGAUCUCCCAUUCACCGCGAAAGACGAGCCCGCCACACUCCCCCGCAUCGAUACCCUCAUAAUCAUCACGGAGAUCAGCCCAUGGUGCACGGUUGUGAAGAAUCCCGCAGGUGUUACCCUGAACGACGUCUGCACCACACUAUGGAGAGAGUACUCCGAUACGAUGGUUACGGAUGAUGAACUCAGCAAACUCCACGUCCGAAAUCAGGAUGCUAUCAAGCGAUACGCAGCUGCCGGCGGAGCAGGCAACACCGGCGGAUGGUCAGCAUACUACAGUGCGCAACCCACCGCGCCUCAGCGGCUGCGCAGAGCAGAUUGGCUCCGAGAGUUCGUCUACUUCAAGGAUAUGUCUCGGAAAGACCACUACGCCAAGCAGAGGCUAGGCUACGCAGCCUCCAAUAUCUUCGUCCUUAGUCUUUCCCAGUAUUAAGCCUCGUGGCUCUGGCCAUUGAGUCUCGCCUCCUCAGCGUCUUCGCUCCCCGUCUUCGAUACAUUCCCGCUUCCGCGUUCUCCGGCUUUCCCAAACACCUUGUUGCUGUGCUCAUUGUAUGGAUUCUGCAUGACGUGUAACAGUGCCUCGGUUUUGCAAAUUGUACGUUGAUAAUAUCGUUUUGUAUACAUACAUGGCAUUCGAUGUUCGUACCUGAAGGAAUUUGACUCGGAUCCAUCAUGUCAUGACCGUGCCGUGGUUGCUGGACGUCCGCGUCAUCAUCCGUCGAGAACGC